CAUCCCAUAGGGCGCAGGUUAGUUAGUUAUCAGACGGAUAGACAGCAGUAAAAAUGUCAUCUUCGAUCGCUUCUUCUGUUUUGACCAUCCUCUGUCAAAAUCAAGGGGGGUUAAAGUUCGGGCAGCUUAAGCAAAUUCUCCGGCGAAAAACAUCAGUCGCAGAACAUGUCUUGUUAAGGGAACUCUUGGACGAAAGUCAAUUUCUCUUGGUUCAUGGUGAAGAUAACUCUGCUGAUCCCAAUAGGCUGGUAAUCGCUAAAACGGCUAUACGAGUUUGCCAAUCCCAGAAAUGUCUUGACUGUGACAAUUUCCUACAUUUGUGUAGAUAUUUUGUCUGUGGGAAUUGUCGAUUCGGGGACAAAUGCAAAAAUCCCCACAGCCUGGACUCCCAGACUAACAGGUCACUUCUGCGGAAGACAGGUCUGAGUGAUCUCAGUGUUGGGGAGUUGUGUUCCCUACUUCUACAGAACGACCCGUACCUGCUGCCAGAGAUCUGCGGUCAUUACAACAAGGGCAAUGGAGAACAUGGCUCCUGCAGAUUCAAGUCCACCUGCACCAGUCUGCACGUGUGCCAGCACUUCCUCUUGGGAGACUGCAAGUUUGGGGCCGAUUGUAAGAGAGCACACACGUUUGACGCCAACAGCAUGAAGAUCCUGAGCGGCAGAGGCCUCAGUCCAGAGCACAUCCGCCACAUCCAGCUGAUCUACAAGAACCGGCUGCUCCUCAGUGGACAGAGGCCAGUCUCCAUGAAAACCAGCAUUACUAAACAAGUUACCAAAUCGUCCCCAAGACCAAAGCUCCCAUCUGUGCUACCUGCUGUAAAAGAGCGCUCACGACAGCCUUCAGGCACCUCCAUCAGUGAAGCAGACCACAAUGAAAUCUGCCUAUUCUUCAUCCACAGAGGAUGUAGCUUCAAAGAUAAGUGCAUUCGUGUCCACCACAAUCUUCCGUACAAAUGGCAACUUUUGGACAGUGAUGGUGUGACAUGGAAAGACCUGCCUGAUCAGGAGGGACUCGAGAAGGCCUACUGCAACCCAGCCAGUGACAGCAGCCCAGGGGUCCGGCCCGUGGACUUCCUCACCAUGACCUGUGCAGGCUCACCUGUCCGGCGCCUGUCCACUGCUUCCUCCGUCACCAAGCCGCCCCACUUCAUCCUGACCACCGAGUGGCGCUGGUACUGGAAGGACGACCAGGGGGGCUGGAAUGAGUACGGAGUCAAGGCCUACGGGCCCGCUGUGUCCUCGGUGACUUCUAAAACACUGGAGAAGGCUUACCUCUGCAGCGGUGACAGUGAGGUGUCGUUUGAUGCAAAAGAACAACAGUACAUAAUCUACUUGAAAGAGAUGUAUCAGCAGAACCAAAAAUACAAAACCAAAAGGGAGGUCCGGAGGCGACCCUGUUCUCAAGAUGUGCAGAGCAAGCUGAAGAGUGAGGCAUCUGAGACGUCCAGUUCCUCCUCAGCAGAUGUGCCAGAUCACUGGGAUAAAACAGCUCAGCCCAACGGCUCCUACAAGCUUGUUCCUCUCUCAGAGUCCUCCGAUGAGUUCCAGAAGGUGGAGAAGUUGUUUAAACACACUAUGCCCAACAGCACUGUUAAGAGUAUCCGAAGGAUACAGAACAGAUCACUUUGGAGAGUUUUUCAGUGGCAGAAGGAGACCAUGAUGGAGAGGAGUGGGGGCAAGGCCGUGGAGGAGCGCUUGCUGUUUCACGGCACAGACCCCUCUCUGCUGGAGGCCAUCUGCGACCAGAACUUUGACUGGAGGAUGUGCGGCGUCCAUGGCACAGCUUAUGGCAAGGGAAGCUACUUUGCCAGAGAUGCUGCAUACUCACACAACUACUGUAAACCCACCAGUAGCAUCAAUACCAUGUUUGUGGCUCGGGUGUUGGUGGGAGAAUUCAGCCGAGGCAGCAGCAGUUACGUGCGCCCUCCGGCUAAAGGAACUGGCAAGCACCUCUACGACAGCUGUGUGGACAACAUCAGCAAUCCUGCUAUUUUUGUCAUCUUUGAGAAAUAUCAGAUUUACCCAGAGUUUGUCAUUGAGUACCAGAGUGAGGGGGUGGGUUUGGGGGCUCAACACACAAAUCCUUUUUUAAAAACCACAAAUCUUUUUCGACACUUACAAAUGCCCUCAUCUCGGGUUAAUUUUUUGUGAAGUAGUCUAGUCAUCGCACAGAUAUCAUGUGAGACCGCACAAUUUCAGCUCUCCAAUGAUGCAAGUCCUUAGAUGCUGUAAUAAACGGUUAGCAAGGAAAAAAUACUUUUUCUUGUGAACUGUUUAAUUUAAUAAUUUAAUUGAAUUGACAACGGACCCCCUGGCAUUCCUGGGUUACAGACUGGGCUAAGCCUGUUAACCUGUUACACUUAUGAAAACAGCAUGAAAUUAACAGCACUGAAAAAAACAUGUUUAUUGUAGAUGUUUUUAAGAUAUUUAAUUGUUGAAUGCUUCAAUCAAAUGGAAGUGCUGAUUGUAGACUAAACUGGAUCAACUUAUACCGCAGUCUCCUCUAUCGUGGAGAGGAUAAACUACUACUGAUCUAUGCAAGUGCUCACAUCAUUUCUCAGAUUGUGCACUGAAGAGGCUGAUCUAUGCAAGUGCUCACAUAAUUUCUCAGAUUGUACACUGAAGAGGUACAGGAAAACAUUCUGUAGCCGCUAAACAUCAGCGGUGGUUAUGCUGUAUAGGCUACUGAGUGACCUCUGUCAUUUUGUACUUUUGACGGAAGCCCAUACUGAAGGAUCACAGAGUGUUCUCUUGACUGUUUUUUUUCUUAUACACAAGGGGCAAACCCUACCACCCUUUUGGGAUCUAUGAACUUAUAUAGAGGAAAAACUGAACUUACAGCUCUGAUGACGGUUUUGUGUUGUGCCAGGAGGGCCCUCAUUAGCCUGGCCUAGUAUCUCAAUUUCUCAUUGAGAUACUAGAAAUGUCCUUUUAGGCAAGUCCCUCCACUCGGCGGCCAUAUUGCAACGCUUUUUGGGGACUUAUCGGGCAUCUAUUUCGGCAGAUAUGCGCGUGAGCGAGGCUUCACUACACCAACCUUGCUCCAGCUGCGAGAUCACAACACAUGAUUGGCACAAUGUCUUCACACCACAUGAUUGGCUCCAUGUAUUCACAACACACCACAUGACUGGCUCAAUGUAUUGCCGCCGAAGGGGUGGGAUAUGUGUAGACAACUGCCAUAUUGACGUUACAAACUAAACUCUAAGAAAUGGAAGUACCAGUGUGUACCUAAGUCGGUACAAAUGCUUGUCGCUGGGGCAGUACCCUUUUGAAGAACAAUAAUGUACCCAUGAAUGCAGGUACUUUUGUGUACCCUAACCAUCUGUACAAAUCAAGGUACACUUGUGUACCUGCAAUGACUAAAAAACCCCAUGCAUUUA